AUGGCAAUGAAAACCAAUAGAACACAAUGUGUUAUAUGUAAUAAGGAUAAAAUAACAUAUCUUUGUGAAGGAUGUUUGAAAAACUUUUGUCUAAUGGAUUUAACAAAACAUCGUCAAAUAUUAAAUGAAGAACUACAUCAUAUUAUUAAUGAUUAUAAUCAAUUUAAACAAGGAUUUAAUGAACAAAAACCAAGUCCACAUGAUCUUUCAUUAAUAAAUGAAAUUAAUCAGUGGGAAAUGGAUUCAAUUAUAAAAAUUCAACAAAAAGCAAGAGAUUGUAGAGAAAUUGUCAUUAAAUCAUCACAAACAUGUAUUAACGAUAUUGAAAAGAAAUUUAAUGAUUUAAAUGAACAACUAAAACAAUUUCAACAAGAAAACGAAUUUAAUGAAAUUAAUUUAGAAUAUUUAAGAAAUGAAUUAAUAAAAAUGAGAGAAGAAUUUUAUCAUCCAUCAGUUAUAUCUAUUGAACAAGAUUCUCAACCAUUUAUUAAUGAAAUUUCAAUUAUUUCAUUAGAAGAAAAACCAAAACUCGGUAAAGGGAAACAAAAUGCCGUCACUAUAGCUGGUGGAAAUAGAAAAGUAAAAGAAUUAAAUCAACUGAAUCAUCCUGAAGGAAUCUUUAUUGAUAAAAACAAAAAUAUUUUCAUUGCUGAUCAUGAUAAUCAUCGUAUUGUUGAAUGGAAAUAUAAUGCAAAAGAAGGACAAAUCAUCGCAGGUGGAAAUAAACAAGGAAAUCGCAUAAAUCAACUGAGUCAACCAACAGAUGUGAUUAUUGAUCAACAAAACCAUUCGAUUAUCAUUGCUGAUCGUGGGAACAGCCGAGUGGUUCAAUGGUUUAACCAAAAUCAACAAAUUCUUAUCGACAAUAUUUACUGUUAUGGCUUGGCAAUGGAUAAAUUUGGAUUCCUUUAUGCUUCUGAUAGGACGACGAAUGCAGUGAAACGAUGGAAAAUGGGUGAAUACAACAACGAAGGAAUUGUAGUAGCAGGUGGAAACGGAAAAGGAAAUGAACUCAAUCAACUCAGUUCUCCUACUUUUAUCUUUGUUGAUGAAGAUCAAUCUAUUUACGUAUCAGAUAGAUACAAUCAUCGCGUUAUGAAAUGGAGAAAAGAUGCAAAAGAAGGAACAGUUGUGGCUGGGGGAAAUGGUCAAGGAAGAAAUCUCAAUCAAUUGUCUUACCCUCGAGGUGUAAUCGUUGAUGAUUUGGAUCAAAUUUAUGUAGCAGAUUCUAGCAAUAAUCGAAUAAUGCGUUGGUGUGAAGGAAAAGAGGAAGGUGAGAUAGUUGUUGGUGGAAAGGGUGAAGGAGAUCAAUUAAAUCGUCCCAUGGGUUUAUCUUUUGAUGAUGAAGGAAAUCUUUAUGUAGCUGAUUAUGAAAAUCAUCGAAUCGAAAAAUUUAAAUUAAUCUUGUAA